AUGGCCAACAGCACGGACAUAUCGUUCGACUCUUUCUGGAAUAUCCUUGACGGUGAGCGGCGGGGGUCGUCCCGCUUGCACCACGGCAUCAACCCAGCAACAGGAAAGCCAUUGUGGGAUGUUCCCAUUGCCACAGAGGAGGAUGUCAAUGAGGCCGUUCGUGCCGCACAAAAAGCCUUUCCCAAGUGGUCCGCCACCGAGUACAGCACCCGUGUGCAACUGCUCAACCGAUUCGCCGAUGCCUUCCUGCAGUUGGCCCCUGAAUUUACGGCGCUGCUCCAGGCCGAAACUGGUCGAACGAAGGAUAUCGCGCAGAUUGAGGUCCAUUGGUCCGUCCUUUGGCUUCGUUAUCCAGCGUCGCUUGUUCUCCCUCAUCAGGUACUGCAGGAUGAAGACAAGCAAGUGACCAUCAGGUAUGAGCCAAGAGGGGUGGUGGCGGCCAUCUGUCCAUGGAAUUAUCCAAUCAUGCUAUCAUUUGGCAAGAUCGCCCCGGCGCUGGCAGUCGGGAAUUGUGUAAUUGUGAAGCCUGCACUCUCCACACCAUACACGACCCUGAAGUGUAUAGAAUUGGCGCAGUCCAUCUUCCCUCCCGGCGUUGUGCAAGUGCUGGCGGAUGAUGGCCGGCUAGGGCCUCUUCUGGUAGAUCACCCUGGCAUUGCCCAUAUCUCCUUUACGGGUUCGACGCCCACCGGGAAGAGGAUCAUGCAGGCCGCGGCAAAGACGCUCAAGAAGGUGACAUUAGAGCUAGGAGGAAAUGAUGCCGCCAUCAUCUUGCCGGACGUUGACAUCGAAAAAGUGGCUCCGCAGGUCGCCAUGGGUGCGUGGUGGAAUUCCGGUCAGUCAUGUAUUGCGAUCAAGCGCGUCUAUAUCCACGAGUCCAUUUAUGAGCGCUUCCUUCGAGCCCUGGUGGAAUUUACCAGGUCCCAGGUGACGGUCGGAUGCUCUCCGGUUGAUGGUGCCACCGUCUUGGGCCCAAUUCAGAACGAGGCGCAGUACCAGAAACUAAGAGACCUGAUCGAAAGUUGCCGACGGGAAGGGUGCAACUUUUCCUUGGAUCAACCUCCUACAGCAGAGGAGGAUCUCGCGCGACAAUCCCUCGAGUCUGGUUUCUUUCUCUGGCCGAUGAUUGUAGAUAAUCCUCCGGCAGAUUCUCUGCUGGUCACUGAUGAACAGUUUGGACCCAUCAUCCCAUGCAUGCCCUUUUCUGAUACCGACGCGGUAAUUGCCGCCGCCAAUUCCACGUCAACCGGAUUGAGUGCAAGUGUAUGGGGCGAACAUGCAGAGACCACCCAGCGAAUCGCGGACUGUCUAGAUGUGGGAACGGUCUUUAUCAAUGGGCCCUCGCGUCCUGAUCCCCGAGUACCAUUCUCGGGCCAUAAGGAGAGUGGAGUGAAGUCCGUGGUAAAAUACAGAGCAUCUUCGUAA